AUGCCCCCCCUGCAGAGGGCAAAUUCAUGCACGGACAUCGGAUUCACUCUCCGGCGGCAAUUCCACAAGGACGAUUUCAGGCCCCAUCAGCGUGAAAUUAUUGAGGCGGCAUUAGACGGCCAUGAUGUAUACGUCCAAGCAGCCACGUCGUUCGGGAAGAGCCUGUGCUUCCAGUUGCCCGCCGUGAUUGAUCAAGGCAUCACGAUUGUCGUCUCGCCGUUGCUAAGUUUGAUGAUCAACCAAGUAGAGGCUUUGAGAGCUGCAGGGAUCGAUGCCAGUUCUUUAAACAGCAAUACGUCGCCUGAUGAGAGAGACCGCAUCCAGCGAGAUCUAGAAACUGGCCACCCGAGAACCAGACUCCUUUACGUCACCCCGGAGCUGUGUUCGGGCUCGCGGUUCCGCCAGCGCCUGCAGCUCGUACACAGACAAAAGGAGCUUGCUCGCAUCGCCAUUGAUGAGGCUCACUGCAUAUCGGAGUGGGGCCAUGAUUUUAGGAAAGACUUCAAACGACUAUCCUGGUUUCGAGAGACGUUUCCAGAUGUGCCCAUCAUGUGCCUCACAGCGACGGCGAAUGCCCAAGUUCGACAAGAUAUCCUCAACAUAUUACGCCUCGAUGCCACACCGGAAAGGAUAAAAACAUUUCUGAUGAGUCCAGAGAGGGGCAAUCUUCAUCUGGAGAUCAGAUACACCAAAGACGAGGACGACAACCGAAUAUCAGAUUUUUUAAAAUGGAUACAUGCCGUAUAUGACCGUAGGCGCGCCGAACCGCGGCAGAGUGAGCUGGUGAAGCAGCGUGAGAGAACCGAAAAUGUUUCGGGCAUCAUAUAUACCACGUCUCGCGAUGAAUGUGAGUCGCUUUCAGCCAGUCUCCGAGACGCAGGCGUCGGCGCGCGACCCUUUCAUGCGAAGCUGCCCAAAGACGUCAAGGAAGACACCUUGACCAACUGGAUCAACAAUGAGCCAGGCUAUGAUAUCAUCGUGGCCACAACAGCGUUUGGCAUGGGCAUUGAUAAAGAUAAUGUACGAUUCGUCGUGCAUUGGAGGCUUCCAAAGUCCUUUGAGGGGUAUUACCAAGAAGUCGGGCGAGCAGGUCGCGAUGGCAACGCCAGCUAUUGUUUCCUAUACUAUAGCCGAGAGGAUCUCGAACGAGUCACACGGAUGAUAAGGAGCGACACAAAAGCCGACUCGAAUUAUGAGUCGCGAUUAAGGAGUCUGCAGGCAUUAGCAUACUACUGCGAGAGCAUCAACGCCUGCCGACACGCAUCUAUAUGCAAAUACUUCGGCGAAGAGACGGUUCCCGUGUGCGAUUUCGCAUGUGAUUUUCACAAGGACCCUGACGAUCUCGAAGAUAGAUUCGUGAGGGGGUUGGCUAGCGAAGAAUGGGUGAGCACACAGGCAAUGCAGGGCACAUAUGACAAUUACGCGGGUGACUACUAA